AUGGCUACGAACGCUGAGAAAGUUCGUCUGACCAGGUCGGUCGCCGACCUAGCUUGGGAGCGAAGCCACCCGCCACCGACCGUUGGCCCGGGCGGGAACCAGGGCUACCCCGACCCGCCACCGACCGUUGUCUCAGGUGGGAACCAGGGCUACCCCGACCCGCCACCGACCGUUGGCCCGGGCGGGAACCAGGGCUACCCCGACCCGCCACCGACCGUGGGCUCGGGCGGGAACCAGGGCCGUAAACUGGGACAACAACAACAACAUGCAAACACCUCCCAGCCGACCUCGCUCUGCCUCCCUGACAGAGCUGUAGUGGGGGUUCGAGGGUUCGCGUCUGGGAUUCUGUCAAAACUGCGACCACCUAAGAAAAACCAGAUCACUGAGCUCUCGCUCCUAGAAUGCGGCAUCACAGAUUUAGAACAGGACACUUUCUCUGCCUUCCCCCGACUGAAUCACUUGUACCUCGACCACAACAACCUGACUCACGUGAAGAGAACCUGGUUUGAUGGCUUGAUGUUCCACAGAUCGUUAAUAACCCUGUCCCUUUCACACAACCACAUCAGUAACAUCGAUCCAAAAUGCUUCCAAAACAUCACGCUCUUGGGAGAACUGCUACUUGACGGUAACUCUUUGCAAAAUAUCCAGCCGUUUUGGUUCCAUGGAUUAAGAAAUCUAGCUCGUCUGUCGUUGAAAUCGAACUCCAUCGAAAGCAUCCAUCCACAGGCAUUUGAGUCCCUGUCCUGGCUACGUAAGCUAGACUUACGCGGGAAUGCGUUGACAUGUCUGCCAAGCAAUUCUAUGAAGGCGCUACGACAAAGGCUGACACAUAUUCAAGUGAGCAGAAACAGAAUGCCUCCUCACGACGAUAUCGACCCCGUACCUUCGGUGAUGACAUGGCAUGUCGACUACCGGCUUCAAAACUAUCGGCCAGGUCCUGAUAUUUCAGUGAGGGUUGACAAAGAGCUUUUCUGUAUCAUAGAACGUUACGGGAAGCGAGAUUCAGUCCACAUAGGUAUCUACAAGCUGUCUAGCAUAGAUGUAAGCCCAAACCCUGCAUGCGGUCGGGAGAUCGCUGAGACUGUUGUAGGCAGGUACGAACUGCCGUUUGUGAUGAUAUCAGUAAACAGUGACGCAGACAAGGCACAUAACGUCACGCACUGGUGCAGGCAUGCCUGGGGAGACCCCGGCAGCGUUAGGGUAGCGGUGGGGAGAAACUUGACUCUGAAGAUCGUUCCCCUGGCUGCAGGCGAGUCGAACACACCUCAGAUCGUCGCUGUGGUCUUGUCUGAUGUCACGGCAGGUGUGGAUAGGAGCAGGACUUCUGGUGAGAGUUACAACAACAGGAGCAUUGGAGCCACUGGUCAUGAAGGAAAGAAGAACGUUACUUGUUUUCUGAAAGCUCAGGACAAGAUGCACCGGCAUGUAUUCCCCGCGCCCGCGUCCGGUACUUCUAGUGGCCUCGUGUGUGAAGGAAAAACGACGGAGACACAGACAACAGAAGAGCUUCAGACCCACACAACCACCAAGGUCAGCCUGGACCAGACCAACCCCUACACAACUCCAGCUGGGACGGCACCGGUACAGCGGGAGGAGCGCCCCCUGCCGGGCGGUGUGGGGAUCGUCACCAUUUUGACUGCUGUACUCGCUGUCCUGCUAGCCGGAGUUGUCCUGAUAGCACUGCUUCUAGCGGCAUGCAUUAUCAGAAAGCGAUGUGGUUCACGGGACCACCAAGCCGGACAGGCUCAAGGUCCUUCACUGGCUGUCGUCUCCGCGAGCCACUGGAUGAUCAGUGGAGCAAACAGCCGAGCUGUGGGCGUCAGUCAGGACACGACAAGCCCGGUAACAGCCGCGGGCACGGCCGGGCAGGACUCUCAGUCAUCUGCCGGUGACGACCCGCAGUACAGCCGCAUCCCUGACGAGUACUUUAACUACUACAACACACGUCCAUGGGUACAGCACCCUUACUGGGAAAUCCCAGACGAUUACAACGACUACUACAACACACGGCCGGAGGUACAGCAUACGUACAGUGAAAUCCCUGACAGGUAUUUCGACUACGAGAACACACGGCGGCACUCCCUCCCCACGACAUCCAGUUCACACGAUGAUGAAGAUGAUGACGACACUGUACGUUUCUACGCCGCUGGAGCUGAGGUGGCCCUUCCUUCAUCGGCCAGGCAGGGCGGCAGGCAUCCAGGCUACGGCACAGCCCCUCCAACGGCCGCAGCACGGAACACAGAGUACCGAACUGCACGCCAAAGGCAGGCACGCGUCAGACAGUACGGAACUCUCCCCCGAACCAGAUCAGACCCACGGAUACCCGUACGCCGGAGGCUGACUCACGUAAGACCAUACGGAACUCUUCCACGAACAAGGUCAGACCCACGGAUACCUGUACGUCAGAAGCUGGCCCACGUUAGGCAGUACGGAGUGUCUACAGCAGGCAGAUACAGAGCCAGAGAUCUAGCUUCGAUCGGUAAAUAUGGCAGACCACAGGACAGAGACCAGGUUAGAACCUUGUACCGUAACCUGGCUGUCCACACGUUAGCGGCCAGACAGCGCGCUAACGUGAGGAACUUUGCCGUGUAG